AUGCUCCUGAAAAUGAAGAGAUAUGUCCGGCUUGGUUUCGUGUCCACACUGCGAUCGUCUCUACAGCCAUCAUUCGCUAUACAGCUUCACAUAUCGAAGUGCAAAGAGAAUCCCGGAGCUAUCCGACGAUUUUCUAUGGUUCUGAAGAAGAACACGAGUGCAAAGAACGUAAGGCCAAGGACCCGAUCGAUGUCACGACCUGCUGGAGACUCAUUCCGUUUGUGCUAUGUAUGUGGACAACGAUUCGAUGAAAGGAAUAUCGCUUCACAUGAGCAAAAAUGUAUAAAAGACUGGUCCCAAACGUGCGACCGCCUGACGACGCGUUUCGAGUCUCGCACUCCGAUGCCACUACUGAUACCAUCAGUGGAUGGUACGAGCGAUGCCCGUCGACUGAACGAACAUGCAACUGCACAGGCAACAAAAGCACAGACGUUACGGUGCCGCCGUUGUAACACCAAAGUACCACUCAGCGCUGCUGAGCAGCACCGUUGCACUCGUUUCGAGCCGCCAGUGGAAUUCUUUUUCUAG